CUAUACACCAUAAACCCUACGCUAUUAUUUUAACUCUCUCCAGUUACUCCCGUUGCUUUGUUCUACUCUUACUAUUUACUACCCUCUUCUUUUUUUACCAGGCCAUCCAAUAAUCCUGUUCUGCUCCUGUCUGUCUGUAUCUCUCUGUAUGCACUACCAUAGUGUCAAAAAAACUGCACUCAGCCCCCUUUCUUUUCUUUUUAGCCGUUUAUGUCCCUAAUUCAACAUUUUCUUAUUCGAUCUUAAACCUCCAAUUGUAAAAAAGAAAAAAUAGUUGCUGCUCUAUUAUUAUUUACUCAAAUCCAAAUUCUGGGUCCUCUCCAUCCUGCUCCAGAUUGAGAGGGAUGUUUUAGGAACCAAUGGGGAGAAGGAUUAAGAAGAAGAACCGCCCAUUGCAGAAGGAGAAUAAAGUUUCAACUCAUUCUCCUAAAGUUUCACCUCCAAAACCCUCUCCUAAUGUUGAUGCUGUCGAUGGAGGAGUUACGGUUCCGGUGCUUAAAGCUCAAAAACAAUGCUUGCACCUUGAUAAGGGUGUUAAUUUGAGUAUUUUGAAUGAGAAACUUGGGUCUUCGGAGACGUUAAAGUGUGAGGAUUGUCGCGAUUGUGUUGCUGAUAGGAGAGGGGCGAAGGGAAAGGGUAAAGCAGGAAAGAAGAAAGGCUCGGCUGAUUCGAAAUCUGAGUCGAAAGCUAUAUGGGUUUGUUUAGAAUGUGGGCACUUUGCCUGCGGUGGAGUUGGUUUGCCAACAACAAAUCAAAGCCAUGCUGUUCGACAUUCUAGACUAGCCCGCCACCCAUUGGUUAUCCAAUUGGAAAAUCCUCAUCUUCGGUGGUGCUUCCCGUGUAGUACAUUAAUCUCGGUUGAGACAACAGAUGAAAAUGGUGAGAAGAAAGAUCCGCUAUUGGAAGUUGUAAAAUUGAUCAAGAAACGAUCAAAAAAAUCGGUGGAUGUUGAGGAAGUUUGGUUUGGAAGUGGCAGUAUUGCAAGUGAAAUUAAAGCAGAAGGCGCAAAAUUGAGUAGCACAGAGCAAAGAAGUCUUUAUGCCCCAAGAGGCCUGGUGAAUUUGGGGAACACUUGCUUCUUCAAUUCAGUAAUGCAAAAUUUAUUAGCUAUGGAUAAGUUGCGCGAUUUCUUCUUCACUCAAGAAGCAUCAUUUGGCCCUCUUACCAUAUCUCUGAAAAAGCUCUUUACCGAGACAAAACAAGAGACUGGUUUAAAGAAUGUGAUCGAUCCAAGAUCCUUUUUUGGCUCUAUCUGUUCCAAGGCUCCCCAGUUUAAGGGAUAUCAGCAGCAAGACAGUCACGAACUGUUGCGUUGUUUACUUGACGGGUUGUCUUCUGAAGAAUUGGCUGUGAGGAAACAAGUAAAUGCUGCAAAUGAAAAUGGGAUAUCUUUGAAACAUGAUCCUACCUAUGUGGAGGCGCUAUUUGGAGGCCAAAUUUCUAAUACUGUUUCUUGCAUUGAAUGUGGGCACUCGUCCAACGUUUCUGAGCCAUUUUUAGAUCUCUCGCUACCAGUUCCCACCAAGAAACCUCCAACUAAAAAAGGCCAACCAAUCUCUAGAUCAAAGAAAACAAAGCUGCCACCAAAGAGAGCGGGAAGGAUUCGAGCAAAAACUUACAAAAGUGCAGAUCCAGUGCCAGCAGAAAGUACUUCAAACCUCUCAGCUAGCAGUCAGUUGCCAUGUCAAAACCAGUCAGCAGAAAACACAGUGGCUUCUUCAGGUGACGCUGUAGGAGCAGAAUCUAUUGGUUUAACUGCUGUGGCUGAAAAUAGCGGUGUAGCCUCCCAGAAAUUCUCAGCUGUUCCAGACACUCAGAAUGAGCAAAUUGCUGAGAAUACAGUUGAGCAAACAGUAGUUUCAUUUGACGACUUCUCAUGGAUGGAUUAUCUUGAGCAGGAAUCAGAUGAGCAAAAUUUCACUUUGCAAAACAAAGAUGUUUCAACAAGUCAAUAUUCUGAAAAUGUCAAUCCAAAUGAUGGCUUAAUGGAGAGUAAUCAAGUAUGCCCUGUUGACGAAGGGCCAAAUCUAAAACUAGAUUCUUCUGUGAAUCCUAGUGAAGAAGAGGCCCCAGUACAGGUUAAAAGCUCUGAAGUUCUAUUGCUUCCAUACAAAGAGGAGAGUUUUACAGAAGUGAAUAGUUGGGAAGAAGAGGUCCCAGUACAGGUUAAAAGCUCUGAGGUUCUGUUACUUCCAUACAAAGAGGAGAGUUUUACGGAAGUGGAUAUGAUGAAAGAAGGAGCUGAAGCCUCAUCUGUGGGAUGCGGACAAGAUCAAGCGGACUUUGAUGGCUUUGGUGAUUUAUUCAAUGAGCCUGAAGUUUCUUCGGGCCCUGUUGCAGGGCCCUCCUUGGUAAAUGGUACCUCGGGAAAUGGUUUUACAGCAGUGAGCAUCAGUGAAUCUGAUCCAGAUGAAGUUGAUAAUAGUAAUUCUCCAGUAUCGGUUGAGAGUUGUUUAGCUCAUUUUAUAAAACCAGAAAUUCUCUCCAAUGAUAAUGCUUGGGAGUGCGAUAACUGUUCAGAAAUCUUGCGACGUCAAAGGUUAGAAUCCAAAAAGAAAGCUAAAACUGCAGUAGUAACUACGAAUAAUGGAAGUGAAACUCAAAUUCAAAGUCCUCCACCAAGUUUAAACAAGGAGAACUUAUGCUCUACAGAAGUUGGAGACCUCCAUAAUAGAGACAUUAGAAUGGGUUCUUUUAUCAGCGACUCGGAUGCAAGCUUGGUUGAUGUUAAACUUAAUGAAAAAGAUGAUAGGUCCAAUCAAAAUUGCAUGAAAACUGAAGGUGGUCAAACAGAUGCGCUAAACCAAACUAUUUCUAAGUGUGAAAAACAGAAGGGUUCUGCCCUUGAUGAGCCAUCUCAUUCUUAUACUACUUUUAAAUCAUGCGGUCAGGAAAGUUUCAGUUGUCCAGAAGUUGGUUCUUCAAGUUCCGAUGGGCCAAGUAGCAACAGGUAUGCAACUGCUAAAGAUCAGAUGGGUGAAUUACAUUUCUCUGGAAAUUGUGGAGCAGAGGAAAAUGAAGAUGAAGAGGGAACUUCUAAGAAAUUGAAGGUAAAGAGAGACGCAACUAAGAGAGUCCUAAUUGAUAAAGCCCCACCAGUUUUAACUAUUCACCUGAAGAGGUUCAGCCAAGAUGCUCGUGGUCGUUUGAGUAAAUUGAAUGGCCAUGUCAAUUUCAAUGAAGUACUUGAUCUUAGGCCUUAUAUUGAUCAGAGGUGUCCAAACAGACAGGAAUGUGUAUAUCGUCUACUUGGAGUAGUGGAGCAUUUGGGAACAAUGAGAGGAGGUCAUUACGUUGCUUAUGUGAGAAGCGACAAGAGGAGUAAAGACAAAGCAGAUAGCGAAAUUGGGAGUUCUGUUUGGUAUCAUGCAAGUGAUGCUAAUGUGCGCGAGGUUUCCUUGGAAGACGUUCUUCGAUGCGAGGCCUAUAUUUUAUUCUAUGAGAAAAUUUGAUUAUUCAUUUGUUUUUUGGAUACAUGCGGUUGUUCUUGGAGGGGUCAACCAGAGAGCUCAAGAGAGGCAUCGAAUUGAGAAAGGUGAGUACAAUACAACAACAGUUACCAUUAUAUCCGAUACCAAAUUUUUGGCAUAGAAUGAGUUUUAUGUACAUUUUGAAAUACAGAACCCGAAAAAUCUUUCUUUUUCUUUCUAAUUUUUCCGAGCUGUUGGCCGGCGCUAGACCUGCGACCUUUAGUUAAGGUAUGCACUUUAGCUUGCUUAUCACUCUAAAGAUAAUUAACCUUGAAAGUUUAUGCUGAAGCAGUGCAUUUAUUUCAAGAAUUCAUUUGUAAUGAUUA